AUGUCAAAGUUGUUUGCAGUGACCGGGCAGAAUACAAGGAAGAAUGCAGGAAAACGUGCGGUAGAUACAGAAAUCCUUAUUCGAGAGGCCCAAUCGAACCCCCAUGAUUCGCAGCGUUAUGUAAAUUCGGUCGCGCGUAUGAACUAUAUCCACGCCCGUUAUCGAAAGGCAGGAAAGAUCCUGGAUGACGAUCUAUUACAUACCUUGGGGACUAAUGUUGUUGAGAUUUUCAACACCGUUGAUAUCUCUGAGUGGCGUCAGCUCAGCGCUGUGGAGAAAUGUGCCGUUGGUAUUUCCCACAAAGUGCUUGGCGAGGACACGCUGAUUCCGUACUCGGCGCUUCCGUCCAGCUCGCAUGGUUGGACGGAUGGUCUUCACUUUGCUAAUGAGCUCUACGAAUGGACCAUCGGGUACGAACAGCAGGUGGCCAAGCCUGUCGCGACAGGAUAUCAGUAUGUACGGAUUUACGUGGACGGUGCAACGGCCGCUUUACCAAGACCGUUCACCACCCUUGUGCGCAAGGUCAUUGCCUUCGAUUUGGACAAAACUAUAAGGAUCAGCCUAAGCAUGGGGCGCCCCGGUGUGUUACUGUCGCUGUUCUUGAGAUCUAUUCGAGGACUACGAAAGAUACUGUUACGGCACGUAUGCCUACCACGGCCCAAAUUUCUCGCGGUACACAACAUAUCGCAACAAGCGAAUCCAGAGACGACUUUAUAUAACUUUGAUCAGCUGACUCUUCAGCCCUGGCACGUGGAGCCAAAUGCUUGGAAUACAUGGGGUCCGAAGGCACUCCUAUUCAAGGCAUUCGGUGGGAGGAGGCCCGGCUCGCGUGGUGAUAGGUAUCAUCCGAGAGUUUAUGAUCUUCAGACAAUUGGUCCAAAAUCUCAAGAAUGCAAAGGUAUCGAGGACAUGAAUGCGACUAUUGAGUUCCUGAAAGCGCGAAAUAUGAAUCGCUGUCCAUUCUCAACCACAUGCGCUUAG